CAUACACAAGGGACUCACAAUUGCUCUCAAAGUACGCCACAGUGAUCAAUAACCAUGAGCUCGUGUUUGUUGUUUUUGAUGGCAGUUUGCUUGGUGACUCCGUGUGCAGCGCAAGGACUUUCGUGGCUUUUUACGAGCAUGCAGAAUCCACCGUCAGGCCGCCAUAAUAUUCGUGAUUUAAGUGGCGCAAGUGACACCUCCCGUGAAGACCUUACAGAAGUGCUCUUUGAUCCUUAUAGAUACUUGCGUCUGUGCACCAACGACCGCGUGUGUGGGCGCGGCCAGUUCUGCGACCAGCACUACGGCGUGUGUCGGGACCACGUGACGGAGGGACACGAGUGUCGUCGGGACGCCAUGUGUGAGGGCGGAUACGACUGCAUGUUCGGCCUGUGCCAAAAGCGCAUCAAGCGUGGGCGUGAGGGCGCCAGGUGCCGCAAGGAGCGGGAUUGUGGAGCAGGGAUGUGCUGCGCCCGUCGCCAUGGAGAGCAGGUGUGUCAGCGGCGUGUGCCGUUGGGCCACAAGUGCUACGUCCCUGAGGGCGGCCUCGACUACUCCAUGAACCAGCUUUGUCCGUGCGAGAGCGGCCUUGUGUGCAAAUACACGGCUCAACAGCCUCCUUCCAGGCACCAGCUCAUGGCCCUCAUGUCGGCGCACGAGGACAUGCGCUGCGCAGCGCCCUCGCACCGCGUCGGCUGACGUGUCAAAAGAAUUGAACGUGCUG